AUUGAUUGGAAUUCCGUGUUUGGCCUGCUUCGUGUGCAUGUGUCAUCAAACCUCGUGGCUACUACGUUGUAAUUUAUUUUAUUUUGUGCUGUUUUAAGUGUUAUCUAUUUCUAUAAGUAGUUUUAGUUGUUAAUUUUUCUUUGUUAAGCCUCCAAACGUGUAAACUCCUGGGUACUUCUUUGUUCGCGAGUUUCAAGUGAAAAUAUAAUGAGAUGUCGAUUCUGAAGAACACUUCGAAAGAAGGUGGUCCCUCUAUUUUACAACCACCAUUGAAGCCGCGGAAAUCAUUGCGUAAUCAAGAAAUAAGUCAAGAACGAUUCCAAAACCUGCGAGCCCUGUUACUGCAGAAGGACGUCAAAGCUUAUGAAGAGCUCGUUUGCUACGUUCGUGAUGCAGGCACUGCAAUCAAGGACACCGAACUGGUCCAGUUGCUCCAUGGAGCCCGUGAUUGUAUAUCAAUGCUAAAUGAAAACCUUAGGCUGUUUGUACAAGUUCUGUUGAUACUGAAAUGGACACACCGAAGUGAAGCCGUAGUAGAAGCUUAUCAAGCUUUCUUAAUUGACUUAUGUCUCGCUCAUAGUUAUUAUCUAAAUUUUGCGCUAGAUCAGUUAGUAGCAACAUUUUGCCGAGUGGACAAUGUGUCUGAUUGGCUGGAUGGACAACCAUCAGAGGAGGAAGAGAAAGAGUUUCAGAAUGUCCAUAAAGUUCUGAAAACCUUUAUUGAAUUAGUUCCCAUGUCACCUAAACUAUUGUUGAAGUGUAUUAGGAAGCAGUUCCCGUACCAUAACAAAAGCAGAGCCACUUAUGUGUGCUACUUUCACAAUAUUCUAGAAAUCAGUGAAUAUGCUCCUAUUAUCAGAUCAGAAAUUCUACUCCUAAUAAUUCAAAAGUUAAUCAUCCUCGAUUCGUUAGCUUCUAGAAAAGAAAUCAUCAACUCCGAAGAGGUAUCAAUGGAUGUAGAAGAGGAGCAGUUUUCCUUAGAGUUAGACGCCAAAGCUAAAACUGAUCUAACCAUGAAAUUGGACGCAGCGGACAAGUUAGAUGCCUGCUUGAAUAGAUUUUACGAGUACAUCCAUAAUAUGUGUCACAAAGACGGCAAACUCCAGCCUGAUAUCACUAAAACUCUUUAUCAGGAACUGUUCGAUAUUUUCAAGCAAGUGAUUCUACCCACGCACGGAACUUGUCACCUGCAAUUCAUCAUGUUUUACUUGCUGAGUUUUAAACACUCAUUAGUGGAAACGUUCCUCAAUGCUCUAUGGAAGGAAAUCAGCAGCCCUGGGGUACCGCCUGUGAUUAAACAAGCUGCUGUAGGAUAUAUUGCUAGUCUACUAGCCAGGGGGUCUUUCGUUAAAAUGAGUUUGUUACAAGCUAUGUUGAGUGAAUGGGCAGGUUGGAUUCACUCGUACAUUUCAAACAUGGAUAGCUAUGAAAAAAAUAUGGUCGGUCAAAAAAGACAUCUGGUCUUCUACGCAAUUUGCCAGGCUCUGUUCUAUGUUGUUGCAUUCAGACAUUCAGAUUUAGUGAACAACAAAAAAAAUAUUACGUUUCUACAGAAUCUAAACCUAGCCAAAAUAGUAACCUGCCGCCUGAAUCCCCUGUGCGUGAUUUCGCCGGCUGUUGUUAAUAAUUUUGCUUGUGUAACACGAGCGUAUCAAUUAGCCUACUGUUAUUCAAUCAUUGAGCACAACACUAGGUACGUCUUACCAAAUUUCAGCAAGGAUGAAGGAUUCGGAGAUGGAGUAGCGCUAUCAACAACUAGCAGGGUUUCUUUGGAGUCAUUUUUCCCGUUCGACCCUUAUUUGUUGAAACGAUCCAAGGUGAAAAUAGAUCCAAUUUACAAUGAGUACGAUAGCGGUCUCUUAAAUGAGAAAGGUGUUUCGAUAAAGAAGGAAGAGAGCUCUCCCAGCCCAGAAGAAGAUGAUGAGAAUGAUUUCCUGAUGGACAUCGAUUCACACACGCCUCAGAGUUCUAACUAUGCUAAAUUCAAUUAUGGAACAUCUCCCGGUUUUAAAAAUCAUAAAGUAUGAAUAAAGUAUUAAAUUUUAUUUGAA